UAUAUUAGAUUUGAAAAGUAAAAUAAGAUGACCUUUCAGACCAAAACACUGUCCUCUGAAAAGCAUGUUAAAACGCCAUAUGUCAUUACUGCCAGGAGAAAGGGAAGGAGGGAGAAAAGAACAGAGGAAAAAGAAAAGCUUUCAUGCCCCAAUACACAUCAAAUUCACAAAUGCUGUAGUACAUUACCAUUACUAUAUCAAUCAAUGCCUUUCUCAUUCGUUUCUAGCAAAUAUUCAUAAUAUUUUCAAUUUGUGUAAAGGUUUUUAUUUUAAUCACACUGACAAAAAAAAAUAUAUGAUACUAUAUUUUUCUAUCAAGCAAAUCAAAACAUAUUCCUCUCAGAAAUACAAAUAUGCACAGGCAUUGUUGUCAUUAAUAAUAGAGAGAGGUUUGCAUGGUGGAGGAGCAUGUUCUUUGCCCAAAGGGCCGCUAUUUUAUUCCCCUAACAACUGGCAUCUUUUUCUUCAGUAUGACAACGGCUGGGUGACAUUAGGGAAACAAAAACAGUUGGCUCACCAAGACAAUGAAGCAAAAUCGUUACGUCGAUCCCACAUUUCUUUCCGUAAUUAAUUUCACAAACAGAGAUUAACAAAGCAGCCUAAUUAGACCUUUGGAGAGUUGCAGACUAAAUGAGACAUUGAAAACAUCCAUGUGGCACAGUAGGACUCUUCCUAUGAAGACUUAAUAGCAUGGGUAUUAGUAUAUUACAGUUACACUAACAAUACAUUAAUGCUUGAUUGCAUAACAUAGGAAUCUCUUCCUGUAUGAAAUCACCAACAGUGACUAAACCCACAAAUUUGUUUACUGUUGUCAAUGUCAUUCAUUUUUAAUGACAGCUCAUUUCAGCUAGAAAUGAAUGGUGAUAUAAACUGCUUAUGCAAUCAGUAAUGUAAUUAACAACUAAAAUAAUAAAGAUCUAAUAUGAAUGAAUGAAUGAAUAAUAUUGAACAUCCGGUAAACUGCUAUUAACAUUGGGGAAACUUUAAGUAGGGAAAGAUGGGGGAAGCUGCCUUCUUUAUUGAACUGUAACGUUGUAAUGUUGUUGUUUAUUCUAAAUAUUUUUUCAAAAGGUUCCAUUGAUGUAUAACUCUAAAUCAAAAACUGUAUGCAUUUUGACAAUUUAUUUGUUUUGGUUAUAAUUGUGAUAAUGAAUAGAUUAGAUCAUUAGAUUAAAACACCAGCAACAACAUUGGGAACCACUGGGAACGUUCUGCCCAAAUUCUUUAGCAUCCUAAGGGUCUUACUUUAACUUAUCUAACUUUAACGUUUAACUUAAAAAAACAAUAAAUUUACAGAUCACUAUUAUGUUACAAUAAAAAGUCAAAAUUAACAAGAGCAUUAAUACAGCUGAAAUUUGAUUUACUUGCACCUGUAGUCAAGAGACCUUCUCGCCUUACAUAUUGAAAUAAAAAUGUACCCUAUACUGUAUAUCGCUGUAUAAGUGCAUGUUGUCAUACUCUGUGGUAACAUCCUGUUCCUGUUUCCUAGAGCAUGAGGCCACGAUGAGCUGUGCUCAGGCUGAACCAGAGGAUGGCUCUGCUAAUGCCAGCAUUAAUAAUAACACCAUACUCAAUGGCACCACCAAUGAUGAGUUGGAGUGCAAAAUCUGCUACCAGCGCUACAAUGCACACAACCGCAAGCCCAAGAUUCUGGACUGCUUGCACCGUGUGUGUGCCAGAUGCCUCAAUAAGAUCAUUGACAUUGGGGAUGGUUCAAGCUCCAUCAGCUGCCCUUUCUGCCGUCACGAGACGCAGGUCAGUGAGUACGAAGUGGCCGGGCUGCCAGAUGACUCGAACAUCAUGUCCCGUCUGGCCGUGCGUGACAAGUCCUGGAGCUCGGACCACAGUAAGGAGGUAGUGCUGACGCCAAAGAGCUUGUCCUCCAAUGAUAGCCCAUCCCACGAUUCCUCUAACUGCCUGGUCAUCACCAUCAUGGAGGUGCAACGGGAUCAGCAGCGCUCGCCCAGUCAAAAUGGCAGCUCUGAUUUCUACGGCGACCACAGUUUGGACUCAGUCUCCGUAGCAUCCAACAGCGGUGCGGUGGACCAAGACGCACUAUCUAAGUUCUGCAAUCAUGUGCCGCGUGUAUUAGUGUGGCUGUUGGGCUUUUUCUACUUCGGUUCGCUGCCACUUGGCAUCUACUUGCUGGUGAUCCAGAGAGUGACUCUUGGGAUUGUGUGCGUGAGUCUGGUGCCAUCCAGUCUCACAGUCUGUCUGGUUUACGGCUUCUGCCAGUGUCUGUGCCAGGGCAUGUGCGACUGCUCUAACAGGGGGUGACUGGUACGAAAUAGGCCACUCACCCCAUUGAGAGGAGAUAAUAAUAAGCUCUAGGCAUCUGAAUAUCCUCAUUGCAAAUCAAAUGCUAUAUGUACCUUCUUGCUUUGAAAAGAUGUGUACAAGCAGCUGUGAUAAGAGGAUAAGUCAAGCAUUAAAGAGGAAGGUCAGUCAGGACGAAACACUAUUAGCUUAGCAUAGCUUAUGCACACACCCUUCAAGCUCAUUUUGAAGUAAUAAAGCUGACUUAAGAAAGUUCUCCAUGCCGAUCAGACGAUGGUGCAUGAGUGGGAGUUUAUCAAAGCGGAGAAGAUGGACUUUAUGUGUACAGCCAGGCAGAGCGGAUGGGCCAUAAAGAAUAAAGUUUUAUUGUGGUUGAUUCUCAUCGCUGUGAAAUGAACUGUGUGCCCUGAUUAUCAAUGAAAAGGCUCCAUGAGCUGCACUGUUACAGGUUAAUACGACUGGAAUAGUCUGUCUGGUUAAAGACUUUGGUAACACUGCAAUAAGGUUCAUUAGUUAACAUUAGUUAAUGUACUAACUAACAUUAACUAACAAUGACCAAUACAUUUGUUGCUGUAUUAUCUUUGUUAAUGUUAGUUAAUACAAAUACAGCUGUUAUCAUUUGUUCAUGUUAGUUCACAGUGCAUUAACUAAAGUUAACAAAUACAAUGUUUGAUUGUUAUAAACGUCUAAGUAAAUGUUGGAAUUAAUAUUAACUAAGAUUAAUAAAUGCUGUAGAAGUAAUCUUCAUUAGUUCAUGUAAAGUAAUGUGGUUAACUAAUGUACCUUAUUGUAAAGUGUUACCAAUACUUCUACUGUAGGUAUUACAAAGUGAAAGGGUGGGUAACUACCGAGGGUGACCUUUUAAUAAAGAUAUUUG